GAGAUGGACCGGCAGAACGAGCUGUGGGGCGUGUGGCCGCUGCCCGCAGGGCUGCGGGCCGAGCUGGGCCUGCCGCGGGGCGAGAGGCGCCCCGUGGUCUCCUUCUCCCACUUCCUGCCGCGCCUCGAGCUGAUGCCGGAGAAGCGCUUCCUGUUCCAGCCCGGGCUGGCCCAGGUGGUCGGGAGCGACUUCGUCCGCCGGAGGGUGGACGAGCUGCGGCCGGACCUGCAC